AUGAGGAAAACCUCCGAGGAUUGUCUCACUUUGUCUCCAGACUGGAAAGUAGAAGAUGAGGACAUCACACAGUAUAGUCCAGGAGAAAACCCGGCUCCCUCCAAUGUCCAUCCGGCACCACCCAGUGUAGAUGGACCAUCGGAUUCCUCGUAUCCUGAGGAACCUCAGACUGUGCGGGACCGGGCCGGCCUUCCAACAGAGAAGAAGUUCUCCUGUACUCAGUGUGGGAAAGGUUUCCAUUUUAAAUUCAAUCUUGAUGAGCAUAAAAGAUCUCACACAGAUGAGAAUCUAUAUUCCUGCCCUGAGUGCGGGAAAUGUUUUUUAAAGAAGUCCUAUCUUUUCAGACAUCACAGAUAUCACACAGGGGAGAAACCGUAUUCCUGUUCUGAGUGCGGGAAAAGUUUUUUACUUAAGCCACAUCUUUACAGACAUCUAAGAUUGCACAAAGGUUUGAAGCCGUAUUCCUGUUCUGAGUGCGGGAAAUGUUUUUCACAAAAAGCCAUUCUCUACAAACAUCAGAGAUUGCACAUAACGUCUCACGCGGUGGAAAAGCCAUUCUCUUGUCAUUAUUGCGGGAAAUGUUUUUUAAGGAUGUAUAAUCUUACCAUACAUCAGAGAACUCACACAGGUGAGAAGCCGUAUCCCUGCCUGGAGUGCGGGAAAUGUUUUUUAUACAGAAGUCCGAUCUUUACCGACAUCAGAAAACUCACACAAGGAAGAAGCCACUCACCUGUCCUGAGUGAGGGAAAUGUUCCUCAAUGA